GCGCGGCCAUUGCGAGCGCCCGUCCCGGUAAAGCGGCGGCGCUGCCGGCGCGGCCCCGCACCAUGGAGGGACACCUGGCUCGUUGCAAGAUCGUGGUGGUGGGGGACACGCAGUGCGGCAAGACGGCACUGCUCCACGUCUUCGCCAAGGACUGCUACCCGGAGAGCUACGUGCCCACCGUUUUCGAGAACUACACGGCCAGCUUCGAGAUCGACAAGCAGCGCACUGAGCUCAACAUGUGGGACACCUCAGGCUCAGCCUAUUAUGAUAAUGUCCGUCCAUUGGCAUACCCGGACUCAGAUGCCGUGCUCAUCUGCUUUGAUAUCAGUCGCCCAGAAACCUUGGACAGUGUGCUCAAGAAGUGGCAAGGGGAGACACAGGAGUUCUGCCCCAAUGCGAAAAUCGUGUUGGUGGGCUGCAAGCUGGACAUGCGGACAGACCUGAACACGCUGCGGGAGCUUUCCAAGCAGCGCCUCAUCCCAGUGACACAUGAGCAGGGCAGUGCUCUGGCACGGCAGAUUGGGGCAGUGGCCUACGCCGAGUGCUCCUCCAAGGUGUCGGAGGACAGCGUGCGGGAUGUCUUCCAUGUCACCACACUUGCCUCGGUCAACAGGAUACACAAGAACCUGAAGCGCUCCAACUCCAAACGGGGACUGAAGCGGGCAUCACAGAUGCCCAGCAGGACGAACUUACUGAAUGACACAGAGAUCAGGAAAGACCGAGCCAAGAGCUGUUCCAUCAUGUGAAAAACAGUCUGUAAAUAACGUAUGUGUGUUGUCCAUUUUGUACAGUAACUGGCCAAGACCAGGGCAUGGUGCUGGCUGUAGGAGCCAGCUUGCCUUUCUGAAGCCUUUCUUAGUCCGUAGGGCUGAGCAAAGGUCCCAGCUGCAAACUGGGGUGCAGGAGGCACCCUGCACUGUCAAGACCUCUGGGUCAGCUGCUGCUGUGCUGAUUGCUUGGGAGAAAGGAACCACUUGACAGAGAAGCAUUCAGGCACUGCAAGGUCUAUGGUUGGAUGAAACAAAGCAAGAGAGAGUGAUGCUGCAUGCAUGCCAUCCUCCUGUCCCCAUGGCCCAGCCUCUGGGUGACAUAAGGUGGUGGGACCUGGACUGGAGGCUGGGAGAGGGGGAAUUGCAAGCAGCAGAAUGACUGGGAGAAAGUCCUCUUCCAAUCUGCCUUUAGAAGAGAAGCGUUAUUUGAGCUGUUGCUAUCUGUGGUUGGACUGGAUGGCAAGCCACCAAGAAAGCACCCUGGGGAGGAUGCGUAACCUGGUGAGCACCACGUUGAUCACCUCCUGGGAGACUAUAAAUGGGCAGCUUUUCUCACGGUACUUCAGAUACUUGAAUUCUGUUCCAAAACCAACAGAGCAGAUCUGGCUGCAAGGUCUGUCCCCGUAGAUGCAUCCUGAAAAUUGUGGUUCCCUUCAGCAAGCAAAUGUCACUCAGGAGCUUGUGCCUCGCUUCUGCCAGCCUGGUUCCUCAUCAGGCUGCUCACUGCCACAGGCAGCUGCACCUCCAGGCACACAGUGUCCUGAAAAGCAGACUGCAAUCACUCCCCAUGUCCUCUCCUUCACCCAUUUUGAACUGCAGAUUGUGUUCCAUGAUGCUGUGUUUGUCUGGUACAAGACACAAAAAGGAUUAUAUGUGUCUCUGCACCCUGACUCCACUGCAGCAGUGGGAAGAAAGGUGCUCUCUGCCCAUUUUGUAUGACGGUACAGCCUGCUGCCAACACCUCUCAUUGCUUCUGCUGCUGUCUUCUCUAAAUGCCUUUAACAACAGUGUUAGCCUUGAUCUAAUGACACGUAGACACUUUAUGAAAAAAAAGUCUGCUCCAUUGCCAGAUCCAGCUGUGUCGGUGAGCUACAGAAAAGAAAUAAACAUUGUUGGAAAAAGCACA